UUUCUGACCAGAGAUGGCGCUAUUGAGUAUAUAUUUUGUUUUAGUCCCGUUUCCCUCCAUGGUUUCUCCUCUCCGCGGGUAACUUGGCGUUUGGCUCAGUUCAUUAUACAGUCCCAUAUUCUUCCUCCAUUAGGGCAUCUCUCUGCCUUUGGACUGAAUAUAAAUUACACCGACACCCAAGAGAAAAGUUCACUUUCGUAGGGCGAGAUGGACAUGAAAAAGAGGAUCCACUUGGAACUAAGAAACAGGACACCAUCUGAUGUACGAGAACUUGUCCUGGAUAACUGCAGAUCAAAUGAAGGGAAAAUCGAAGGUCUCACAGCAGAAUUCGUCAAUCUGGAAUUCCUCAGUUUGAUAAACGUUGGCCUAAUCUCAGUCUCCAACCUUCCCAAACUUGGGAAACUCAAAAAGUUGGAACUCAGCGACAACAGAAUCUCUGGUGGCCUUGACGUGCUAGCAGAGAAACUCCCCAACCUCACACAUCUAAAUCUAAGCGGGAACAAACUGAAAGACAUCAGCACGUUGGAACCUUUGAAAAAGCUGGACAGCCUGAAGUCUCUGGACCUGUUCAACUGUGAGGUGACCAACCUGAACGACUACAGGGAGAGUGUGUUCAAGCUGCUCCCUCAGCUCACCUACCUGGACGGGUACGACGUGGAGGACCGAGAGGCAUCCGACUCGGACGGAGAGGUCGACGGUGUGGACGAUGACGAUGAUGAGGAAGAUGAGGAGGGAGAGGAGGAAGACUUUGAUGAGGAGGAUGAUGACGAUGAAGAGGGAGUAGAAGGAGAGGAGGAAGAUGAGGUCAGCGGCGAUGAGGAGGAGGAAGACGUUGGCAUUGAUGGUGAAGUUGAAGAUGAGGAUGAUGAGGACGACGAUGAAGAGGAAGUUGUGGCUGUCAAAGGCGAGAAGAGAAAGCGAGAACCCGAUGAUGAAGAUGACGAUGAUGAUGAUGACGACGAGGACGACGAUUAAGAGCAAAAAACAAGAGCCUGUCAAGUUACCAACCCCUUCCCUCUCCACCCUUACACCCUGCCUACGCCACGUCUCUCCCCCAGCUUUGAGUCCCCGUGUGGGGAAAGACUGUACCGGAUGGGUGGUCCGAGUGGAGCUGCCUGCUCCCGAUGGAAUCGAGAGCCAUUCCCAAGGUUCUCAAGCAGCGCACCACUCCGCAUUCUACAAUUUCACUGUCAACUCCCCCUUUAUGUAUACCUGUGUGAGGACUUUGGGACUGGUAUCUAGUUUUGGGUCUGUGCUUUUAAUAUUUUGUUGGAUGAACUCUGAAUUUAUAUUUUAUGUUGUUGGUUUUAUUAUUUCUUCCCCCUCUUCUUUUGUCUUUGUUUUAUUUUCCGUUCCUUAUUCCCCCCACAAUAAAAGUAUUGCUAUAGCAGCUGUGUGAUGAGCGAGCUAUGAUUUUUGUGGCCGCCUGUUGCACAAAUCAAGGUUGUAGCUACAUUUUUACUUCCUGUAUGACCAAACUACUUUGUAAAUAAAAUGUUACAAUUUUG